GGCGAUACUGUCUGCUAGAUGAGAGUAUGGCUACCGUUUUUCUUUCAGAAGAUGGUGAUCCGGAGACAAAGAGGGCCAUUAGGGAGGCACUUUCAACUAGUCACAAGAAUUCCACUUCCCUAGAUACAUCAACUUCUUCUGGAGCAUCAACUUCGCGUGUAUUUGAGACCAUCCCUUCUUGCUCAGCGUCAUCAGAAUCUGCAUCAUCUGGCCAUUCUACACCCUCCAGUUCUGACUCGCAGAACACAAUGCAUGUUUGGAAGGAAAGUGAAGAACGAUUUUUAAUUGAUUUAAGGCUUCAGAGGGAGGACAAAUUUUCAGGCACAAAAUCUCAUGAUGUUCUUUGGAGAGAAAUAGCAAAUGAAAUGAAAAAAAAUGGCAUACAUGUUUCCAAAACACAACUGAUCAAUAAAUGGAAGGCAUUGAAAAAAAAAUACAAAGAAAUAAAUGAUGAAAAUAACAAAACCGGCAAUAAAAAAUAUUCCUGGAAGUAUUUAGAGCAGUUCAGUGAGGUGUAUGGCAAUAAGGCCUCCACAAAGGUAGCUGUGUCCUUUGACACAGGACGCUCCAGGGAUAAACUUAAAAUCAAUACAGAAUUGGACAAGGAUGAAGAUGUAUCAGCUGCUCCUGAAGAAGAAGAAGAAGAUAAGCAGUCUACAUCAAGUGACACAGGUUCCAAAUCCACAACUCGUGCUAAAACUACGAAAUUAAAAUCAACAAAACGCAAGAUAUCCGAAAGCACCAAAUUAAUUGAGAAUAUCCAGGAACAAAACAGGGAACUUAUGAACUCCAUGAAAACACAACAUGAAGACAAAAUGCGACGCAUUGAUCGAAUGCUCGAAAUGUUGGAAAAGUCUUUGGACAAAUAAUUAACUCCACAAUGUACACAAUUUUAGGUUUUACUUGAAGUAAACACUUCAUGGUUUUGUGCAAAUUGAACUGUACUAAAAUUUUGAUGAACAUCAAACCAUUCAUUUAUUCUUCCAGUGGUAGUGAUUACUAUUGUAAUUCAGAUAUGACAAUUUUUCAAAAUACUGAUGUUAUGGACAUAAGCACUUAACUGAUUUCUCAAAUGAAAAUACAUUUAAAUAGGUUCAACAAGUCAAACAUGUUAGAAAGACUUGUCCUAAUUCAAAUUGUGUCCUGGGCCUCUUUUUUUGUUUUUGUUUAAAUAUACAUUGUAUUGUUGACAUUUUUCUGUUUUGUUUUAUUUGUUCUUUCACAAAAAGUGAAUAAAAGAUUGACAACACU